GCUGUGCGUCAGGUGUCUUGGGUUUUCAUGGUUGUCUCUGUGUUUAAGGCUACAUUUGGAAGAUAUUUUUGAGCCCACUUUGUUGUUUAUGGUCCUUGUUGUUUGACAUUGUGCCAUGAUUGAAGUCCUUGAUUCAUGAUGCUGUCUAAUCUUCUGAAGGAACACUCUCAAAGAUCAUCACAACGUCGAGUUGCGCAAGAGCAUCGUCGUCAGGAGGCUUGUCAGGCUGCCAAUCAGCUCACAUCUGCUUUGACGGAUCAUUUGAACGUGGGCGUGGCCCAAGCUUAUCUCAACCAGAAACGGCUAGAUGCCGAGGCUAAGCAACUGCACACUCAUGCUAGUAACUUUGCUCAACAAACGGCCUCUUGGCUUCAAUUAACAGACCAAUUUAACAACACUCUUAAGGAAUUGGGGGACAUUGAGACUUGGGCCAAAGCCAUCGAAAAUGACAUGAAGGUAAUUUCGACCUCGUUGGAAUACACCUACAAAGUCAACAAGGAAGCAUCCACAGUGACGGCCCCUGGAACUUCCCAAAGCUAA